AUGAAGAUCAUCUCGACCCUGCCGUUCGCGGCCAUCGCCGCCGGCAUCGUCGUACCCAGCACCAACGAUUUGAAGGACCGGCAGGAUUUCCUUCCUACCAAGGAAUCCAUUGCCUCUACUGUAGACUCCAUCAAGGAGGACGCCCGGCACUUGGCCAGCAACGUCGAAGAUGCCGUAAGCUAUGCUGGUAACAAGCUUGACAGCUUCGCCACGACCAUUCAGCAGGCUUUCGAAGAAGAGACCAGGUAUUAUCGUGGCCACCAUCACCACCCUGAUACUUCCAACUUGACUAUCUAUGAGCUCAUCUCCAAGAGCGACUAUGCCACCAAGUUUUUCCACCUCGUGAAUGAGCACGAAUCACUGGUGAAGCUGCUCAACUCGACAAAGGCAAACUACACCGUCUUCGUCCCCACGGACGAGGCCUUUGAGCACAUCCCCGAUCACCACGACAAGAAGCCUUCCAAGGAAUUUGUCGAAGGUCUCCUCAAGUACCACGUAGGCCUAGGCUUCUACCCCGCCGGCCGCAUCCUCUACACCCACACCAUCCCGACGGCCCUCGAUGAGCCCUGGCUCGGCGACCGUCCCCAGCGCCUGCGGAUCCGCAUCGGGCUCACGGGCGUGCGCGUCAACUUUUACGACAAGGUCGUCAGAGCCAAUACGUUUGCCAAGAACGGCGUCAUCCACGCCGUCGACCGCAUCCUUGUCCCGCCUCCCUGGAUCGGCCGCGAGCUCACGCUGUUUCCCUCCAAAUUCUCGACGCUGCUGCUGGCGUACGAGAAGACGCACUUUACCGACUAUAUCCAUCACGUCGAGAUGAAGGGUGCCACCGUCUUCGCCCCCUCCAACACGGCCUUUGACCGCCUCGGCCCCAGCGCCAACGCCUUCCUCUUCAACUCGGAGAAGGGGCUCAAGUACCUCAAGGCGCUGCUCAAGUACCACGUCGUCGCCAACGAGACGCUGUACAGCGACCACUACUACAAGCGCGACCAGGGCGACGAGGAGGAGGUUGCCGGCGACGGCGGCGACGGCGUCGAGGCCCAGGGCGUCAAGCACUACCACGUCGACCUGCCCAGUCUGCUCGACGAGAAGAGCAUCGCCGUCGACAUUACGAGCUGGCGCGGCUUCAUCGACCUCAAGAUCAACGGCUACAUCCACGUGUCCGUCUCGGACGCUGUCGCCAAAAACGGCGUCGUGCACGUCGUCGACAGCGUGCUGCUGCCGCACCGCAAGCCUGGUGGGGAUGCCGAGGUGGAUGUCGAGGAGCUCAAGGCCAUGCUCGCGCCUUUUGUGGAGGAGGCCGAGGACGAGUGGAAUGAACUGUAG